UCUUCCACAAAAGAUACACAAUCAUUUUCUCAACCUUUACAGCAUUCCUUCGAUAACGUAAAAACAAAUACUUCACAACAACAAAAUGCCAAACUUACUCUUGCCUCUAAACAAAAAAUCACGCCUGGCCCUACUAACUCACAAAGUGCCCAGAAACUCCUUUCAACCUCCCAUGAUGAACUUGAACAACCCAAACAACCUCAUGCAAAUUCCAAACCUAUUCUAUGCAACUCAACCACAACAUCCGGACCAUCAACCCACCUCAUGGAUCGAACAGGGACUCCAAGGCCAAGCUCUAUUCUUCUCAAUGUUGAUAGAAGGGCAGGAAGUCAUGAUGAUCAUUCAAAAUCCAAACUUCCUAGCCCAAGUGGUGCCAGAGGGGAUGAGAAUGGAUGUGGACAAUUAUAUGAACCAUAUGUGGAUGGCAAACAUUCUCGAUCCCCUAGCCCAAGCAAUAGCUCCUGCUCUUUACCACACCAUGCACAACCACUGGAACUUUCCACAAUAUUUCAAUCCCCUACUGAACAUGAACCAAAUGUUCGAACUACCAUUUUUUCCAUCACAGGAGGUAACAGAGAUGAAUCCUCUAUUCUUCCCUUGGACACCUCAACAAGCCCAACACCAUCCCCAUGUGGCCCCUCCGAUGGAACAAGGAGCAAAUCUGGAUCAGGAAGUGCAAGAGGCAGAAGAGGUGGUGAUCCCCCAACCUCCGGGAAGAAGCUCCUUCACGGAAAUCUCAACAAUAAGAGAUAUAGUUCUUAUGCUAUUCCCGGAGAGGGAGGACAAGAAAUACAUACUACGUUGCCCAGUAGCACUUCAAAGGUGCUCAAUAGAGAUAACUCCACCGAUCAACACUGCAACAGCAAAGUAUGUAGUCCUAGUGAAUCCCACUCUGAGGGACAGCCCAUCCAUUAAGGGAAUUAACCACAGUGCAAAUAUGCUCCACAAUCACUCCCCUAUCAUGAAUACACCUACUAGCAUAAUCAUUUAGAACGUUAGAGGCGCCAAUAAUGUAGACUUCAGGCGUAAUUUUAGGGAACUUAUUAAUAAUCACAAUCCAUGCAUGGUGGCCCUACUGGAAACCAAAAUGGAAAACCAUGCAAUCCUUAGGGUAGAUUUCAAUUUCUCUGAUUUAAUAGAGAUCCCAGCGGUUGGCAGAGCUAGUGGCAUGGUCAUUAUGUGGGUUGAUACAAUGGUAGCAGUGGAUCGUGUUAGGUAGACUGAUCAGGAACUUCAUGCCCUAGUCCAGGUACUUGUUGAAGAGAUUGGGGAAUCCAGUGCUUCAGCAUAGCUUCCGUAAAGGCAACAAAGUGGCGCACUUUUUGUGUAAAUUGGGUUCCAAACAACAUCUAAGCUCUACUACAACUAUUUUGCACUCACCUCCAGGUCCAGUAAAAAGGAUGAUCCAAGAAGACAAAAAUAAAGCAUCUACUACUAGACUAGUAUCUAGCUCCAUAUAUAAUACACUAGCAGUGUUUGGAAACCUAAGUAUUAUCCCUAAUAUUACUAAUAGUGAUAUAAUG